AUGAUUGCGGCGAUGAAAAACUUAUCACCCGAGUGGCCUGCGGAUCAGCCGCAGAUCCAGUUCCCGUUCCGCUGCGGAAACUGCGACAAAAGGUACCAACACCGCGCAACUCUGCUCAGACAUACCAGGUACGAGUGUGGAAAAGACCCGAGGUUCAAGUGUCCACUCUGUGGCCACCGGACCAAGCAGAAGGGGAAUCUUUACAAGCACAUGCGAUCAAAUCAUCCUGGAGAGAUUUAUUACACUUAA